CUCCGACGACUCGUGAUGACGCUUCUCUGCAAAUCCAACACCACUCGCCCCACUCUCUCGUCCCCCUCAAACUCCUCCCGAACGUGCUCUCUCUCUCUCUCUCUGCGUGAAGAAUCUCCACUGGAUCUGGAGCAUCAGGAUCGAGCCGCGCCGGAAGUUGCUGCGGCGGCGAUGUCUGAAUCGCAGGAGGGCCGUCCGAGCUCUCUCCCCAGCUCCUCCGAAGUUCCGGUGACGAAAAACGGCGACGUCGGCGACGCGGGCAAGCAGCUGGACAAUGGAGAGGCGCCUGGCGCUACCGAGGCUUCCAGUGAUGGUGAAGGUGGCUUUCCAGGAUUUUCUCACAGGAUCAUGUCUAAAGUAAACACCUUACCCGUGGAAAGGUUAAAUACUGAAAGAGAGGAAUCAACUUCAAACCAGGUUAGGUUGGAAAGAGCGAAGACCGAGAAACCAAUGCCCCCUAAUAUACUUGCUGAAGAAGCAGCCCAAAUUUUUGAUGACAAAAUACCUGUGCAACAGAAGAUUCAAUUGUUGAGCAGACUAGCCACUGUGAAAGAUGAUGGAACUGUUGAGUUUGAAGUUCCAGUUGAUGUUGAAGCUAAAUCUCUUGAUGUUAGAGAUGCUUGCAAUGAAGUUGUUGAUAAUGAACCCGUUGAUGCCAUGGAUCUUCAGUGCAUACCGCCCUUGCAAAUUGUUAUGCUCAUUGUGGGUACUCGUGGGGAUGUGCAGCCUUUUGUUGCUAUUGGCAAACGCUUGCAGGACUAUGGCCAUCGUGUUAGAUUAGCGACCCAUGCCAACUUUAAAGAGUUUGUUUUAACUGCUGGGUUGGAGUUUUUCCCUUUAGGAGGAGAUCCGAAAGUUCUCGCUGGUUACAUGGUUAAAAACAAGGGCUUUUUGCCAUCAGGGCCUUCAGAGAUACCAAUCCAACGUAAUCAAAUAAAGGACAUUAUAUAUUCUUUACUUCCAGCUUGCAAGGAUCCAGAUAUUGAUUCUGGCAUUUCAUUCAAAGCAGAUGCCAUCAUUGCCAACCCCCCAGCGUAUGGACAUACUCAUGUGGCGGAAGCUUUAAAGAUACCACUUCAUAUAUUUUUUACUAUGCCAUGGACACCGACUACCGAAUUCCCACAUCCUCUAUCUCGCGUUAAGCAGCAAGCUGGAUACAGACUGUCCUACCAGAUUGUUGAUUCCUUGAUUUGGCUUGGCAUACGGGACAUGAUAAAUGAUGUUAGGAAGAAGAAGCUAAAGCUACGUCCUGUUACAUAUUUGAGUGGUUCACAAGGCUCUGAUACUGACGUGCCUUAUGGAUACAUAUGGAGCCCUCACCUCGUUCCCAAGCCAAAAGACUGGGGACCCAAAGUUGACGUGGUUGGGUUUUGUUUCCUUGAUCUCGCCUCAAACUAUCAACCUCCUGAGCCUCUAGUAAAGUGGCUCAAAGCUGGUGAAAAGCCUAUAUAUAUUGGGUUUGGUAGCCUACCUGUUCAAGAGCCUGAAAAGAUGACCCAGAUUAUUGUGCAAGCAUUGGAAGAAACUGGACAGAGGGGCAUCAUCAACAAAGGAUGGGGUGGUCUUGGAAACUUGCCAGAACCAAAGGACUUUAUAUACCUGCUGGACAACUGCCCUCAUGACUGGCUCUUUUUACAAUGCAAGGCUGUGGUGCAUCAUGGUGGUGCUGGAACAACAGCUGCUGGUCUAAAAGCUGCUUGCCCCACAACCAUUGUACCUUUCUUUGGCGAUCAACCUUUCUGGGGAGAACGAGUACAUGCCAGAGGUGUAGGUCCUCUGCCAAUACCGGUUGAUGAAUUCUCCUAUCGCAAAUUGGUUGAUGCGAUAAGGUUUAUGCUGGAACCCAAGGUGAAAGAGCGUGCAUUGGAGCUUGCCAAGGCCAUGGAGAACGAGGAUGGAGUGACUGGAGCGGUGAAAGCAUUCUUUAAGCAUCUGCCCCAUCGAACACCCGUUCAAGAGCCUGAGCAACCAGAAUCAAGUUUCCUCUCUUUUAGUAAAUGUUUCGGUUGUGCCUGAAUUGACGGCGGUCACUGUCUCAAAUGUGCUCACCUCCGGAUAUCGGCUUCUUAGCAGCAUUUGCACAAGAGUACGGUCUACCAAUGCCUUUUAGCAACGGAAAACUACUUGCCCAAAGUCAUGAAUUCAAUUUGUACAGAUCUAAGGCUCGAGUCCCUUUUGUUGUUGUAGUUAUUCUAUUUUCACUAUAGUAAACAUUCAGCCGGAGCAAACGGCAGUAGGAGCAAAUGGUUCUUGCAUUGUCAGCCAUGCACUUCCAUCUCCGGAUCUUCUUCAUGUCUCUGUAUAUGUGGAGUGAGAUGUUUCCAUU